GUAGAAGUGACCCAAGUCAAGACCAGUGGAAAAGCCCUAUAGAUUUGACACCUUGAGAAAUGGACACACAAAAGCAGUCGCUUGUCACUACAGCAUGACAAGCCCAUUCCCUCACGUUUCCGAUUCCCUAUGCGCUACUACUUGAACUCCAAUUUUGAUUUUUGGUAAAAUUGAGUUAUCUGCGAUUGGGGUUCAUUUCUCUCCGGUCAAAUUCACUUGUUCUUCGAUUAUGGCUUUGAAUAUGGAGUCUUUGGCUGAGGCAACUUCUGGGGCCAUAGGAUCUUUGCUAAGCACCACUAUAUUGUAUCCUUUGGAUACUUGCAAGACCAAGUAUCAAGCUGAACUUCGAGCUCAUGGUCUGGCCAAAUACAGGAAUACUCUUGAUGUCUUACUGGAGGCCAUUUCUUCUCGGCAAAUUCCUUCACUCUGUCAGGGUCUUGGGACAAAGAAUGUGCAGUCUUUUGUUUCGUCUUUUAUUUACUUCUAUGGAUAUGAUUUUUUCAAGAAACUAUACUUGAAGAAGAGUGGAUUUAAAUCCAUUGGAACAAGAGCUAACUUAGUAAUUGCUGUUGCAGCGGGGGCAUUUACAGUCAUAAUAACCCAGCCUCUAGAUACAGCAGCUUCAAGAAUGCAAACUAGUGAAUUUGGUAAAUCGAAGGGAUUCUGGAAAACCCUCUCGGAGAGCACUUGGAGUGAAGCAUUUGAUGGUCUAGGAAUAUCCAUCAUUCUCACUUCAAAUCCAGCUAUUCAGUACACGGCCUUUGAUCAAUUUAAACAAAGAAUGCUGAAGGGGAAGAUGAAAGGCAAUAGAGAGGUGGAAUCAAGUCCAGAAUCUCUUUCUGUUUUUUCUGCUUUUGUUUUGGGGGCAGUCUCAAAAUGUUUUGCCACCUGCAUCACUUACCCGUUAAUAAGGUGUAAAGUCAUGAUACAAGCUGCUGAAUCAGAAGGAGAUGCAGAGGAUGAAGCGGAGUUAAAAGCCCGAAAAACAAUCUCUGGAUCACUUCAUGCCAUAUGGAAAAAGGAAGGGCUCAUGGGAUUCUUUAAAGGGUUACAGCCUCAGAUCCUGAAGACAGUUCUAAGCUCCGCACUGCUGUUGAUGAUUAAAGAGAAGAUCUCAAAAACCACAUGGGUUCUGCUAUUAGCAGUAAGGAGAUAUCUGUUCCUAACGAGGACCAGACUAAAGAGCUCUUGAAAAUUCUCUUAUAAGAGCUGCUGCAUGAUUCAAAUGUAACUAUGCAAUUAGCUCGUAGGUCCUUGUUCGAGACGUGGAACCACCUUGCACACAAAUUAAUUGUUUCAUCUGAUAGCGCAAUUCUCUUUCAGUUUGUCUGUUGAAAUGGUAUGUUUCAGAUUAUCUUUUUAUGUCUUCUUCCUGUAUACAACAAUCACGAUUUGUAGUUCGUCUUCUUUCAAGUUCUACCUCUACAUAUCACUAUUAAUGUAAAGAUUUGGUCAUAUUUCUACUUGUCUGCAUUUGGUCUUCGUUCAGUAGAACAUUACAUUCUCCAGAAGUGGUUCAGUUUCAA